AGAAGCCCACACAAAAGCCCAUCACCCAAUCUUAAAUCGUCCAUCGAUUCGCGAAGAAGACGACCUAAUAAUCAACGCAGCCAUGGGAAAAGCUUCGGGCGCGAAACAGGCGGCCGUCGUGGUCGCAGCGUUGGCGUUCGGAUGGUUAGCGAUAGAGAUCGCCUUCAAGCCUUUCCUCGACAAAUUCCGCUCCUCUAUUGACAAUUCCGAUCCUUCCAAAGACCCUGACGACGCUGACACAGACGCCGCCGCCGACGCCGCCGCCGCCGCCGCUACCGUUGAGGGUAUGUAAAAUUAGGGUUCUUAAACAAGUUAGAGAGAAUUGCUGAUUUCAAGCCAUAUCUGUUUCCAAUUUCGGUUCGUGUAUUGAUGAAUCCUUGGGUUUAAUUUGAUUCCACUUGAACCAAAUUAACAGUUUGUUAUCUUGCAUAAUUGAUGUUUUCUACUAUCAUAACUACUGAAUUUUCGAAA